CGCGCCCUCCCGGCCCCGGGCAUGGACUCCAGCUGGCUCCUGUGGGGCUCCCUCCUGCUGCUGGUGCCGGUGCUGAUGGAGCUGAGCCCCCGGGUCAAGUGCCAGGUGAAGAUCGGCUUCUACUGCGUCCUCUGCUUGGUCGCCUCCACCUUCACCGUCCCCGCCUGCCUCCUCUGGAACCGGGGCAGGAGCGUGCACAACAUGACGAUUAUCAAAAACGUGGUCCGGAGCUUCAAGUACCUCUACGGCCUGCGGUUCGAGGCGAAGGGUCUGGAGAACUUUGAGAUUGAGGGGCCGUGUGUCAUUGUCUCGAACCAUCAGAGCAUUCUGGAUAUGAUGGGGCUGAUGGAAAUCCUUCCCGAGCGCUGCGUCCAGAUCGGAAAGCGAGAGCUUCUGUACAUGGGCUCGGUGGGCCUCAUCAUGUACCUGGGCGGCGUCAUCUUCAUCAACCGCAAGAGCACGAGCAACGCCAAGUCAGUGAUGUCUGGCGUCGGCCAAGCCAUGGUCCAGGACAACGUCAAAGUAUGGAUCUAUCCAGAAGGCACAAGGAAUGGGAACGGAGACCUGCUACCCUUCAAGAAGGGCGCUUUUCACCUGGCCAUCCAGACGCAGGUUCCAGUUGUUCCUGUGGUGUACUCCUCCUUCUCUUCAUUUUACAACCGGAAAAAGAAUCUAUUUAUAUCCGGCAAAAUCCAGGUCGAGGUCUUGCCUCCCAUCCCGACGACGGGUCUGACGGCCGAGGACGUAGACGAACUCACCAACCGCUGCCGCACCACCAUGAGAGAAACGUUCUUCAGGCUCUCUGGAAGGGCCGGCGGAAUCAACGGAGAGGCGUCCAAACUUACGCAGUGAUGCCCUUGGGCGGAAAUGUGGCCUGCGGCCGGCCACCUACAGAAAGGACUUCUCUCUCUCUCUCUCUCUUUGCGUGUCUCGCUUUCUCUCUCUCUCUCUUGCCAAAAACAAUGCACUCACUCCCAUGCUUUAGGUCAUGCGGGGAAGAAAUUGCAACUUGUUCCUAAUGUACAAGUGAGGAAGGUGAAGGAGCUGUUCCAUAGCUAAUGCUGAGCACGUGGACGCGUUCCUAGUCUUCCUCUUUCUCCUCCUGCCCUCCACCUUCUCUUUCCCCAAAAACAGCUGCUACCAAAGAAGAGAUUUAACUCUGUAUUUGCUGCUGUGGUGCUCCAGAGCGUCUCUGCUUUGGACAAAGUGCUCCUCUUGAGGAACUGGAUUUGGCAAGCUGAGGAUCUAGUUGAAUGUUCUUCCUCUCUCUCUCUCUCUGUCCUUUUCUCUUUCUCUCACCUGCUAACUUGAAGGGGAUUGAAUCCCAAAAUGUUUUGAACUCUGCUAGCGCUCGGCGGAGAUCGCCGCUCUCGGGGGCCGUGCGCUGUCGCCACAGGGGUGGCCUCCCUGGCGUUGUCCUUUUUGUUAGUUCGUUUCGAAACCAGCCCAAGAACUAUGCAAUAGUAUGCGUGGACAGCAGUUUUCUUAGACGGACAAACACCCCUAAAACACACUGCGGUUCUGACAGCUUGUGAGCAAGGAUGUGUUAGGAGAGGUUCAGAAAUGAUCAGGAACCAGGAACGGUUGCUGUUUGUGAUAGGAGAUUUUGGCUCCCCCCCGCCCCCCCAGCACAUGCACUUCAUGACUUUUGGGGGAAGGGAUGAACGGACACACACAAAUGCUCCCCUCCUCUGGGGAAGGACCCUUCCAUCUCAGCACCAGAACAAGCAACUUUUAGCCAAUCGUAUGCAUGCUAUCGACAGAAAAAGUCUGACAACUCUAUCGAAACAUGCAUAGGAUUGCACCUUCCUUCUUCCUUGGUUCAUAGCUUUUAAACCUUUCAAGAGGUUGAUCUUGAGGCUGUGCCAUUCUCUCCAUCCAGCGUUAGUGCAAAGGGAGUGGCGUUUUGCCCUUUGCUCAAAUACCAAAGCAGAAUGGUUAGCGGGGAGGGCUGCAACCCCAUCUGGUAAGAAAGAAAAGGGGGCGGGCUGCAGUUUAAACCUGCCCCUGCACCUGGUAGCUUUAUUGCACAUGUGGACAGGUUCCCCCUGUCUGCCUCCUUGUUGGAAAUCGCCCUUGCUGAAAGUUGCAGUUAGCAAGUAGGUAUUUCAGAAACUUGGCUCUCCCUUAAUGAGGGUUGACUUGCGUGGGAAACGGUUGAGUCUUGGUCAUUUCCACGUGUUUGAAGCAAAGAUGCCAAGGGAAUAAGAUUAAAAUGGGAAUCCCCGGAAGGACACACGAUGGUACUCUUCAUGUGGGGAGGGGGGAGAGUUGGUGUACUCUUAUGUUUUUGGCGAGUUCGAAAUGGUCAAGAGUUACUUUGCACAAAAUGGUGUGACGUUGAUUGGAUUAAAUAGACUUCUACA